AUGCUCGAUAACAUGGAUAUCGAAUACUUGUCUCUUAAUGAGCAAGGCGACUCAGAUUAUCUUACGAGAGAAGUAACAGUAAGUCUCGUGUCAAUGAUGAGGGCAAAGUACGAGUAUGGGCUCGAGGCCAUGGAGAUUGAUAAAGUCUUACUAGAAGAGUUUUCUCAAGAGGAAAAGGACGAAGUAGAAGAAAAGGCCGAAGAAAGAGAAAACAGUAAUAAGGACUUUGAGAAAAUUAGCACCAGUAGUAGAAUAGAAGUAUUUUCUAACGCCUUGACUGUAAAAAACAACGUUAAAAAGGAAAGCACUUAUGGUAGCUACGACUCCGACCAAAUAUCUCGCUUUUUAUCUUUAGUUAUUGAGCAAGUACCAGUAAAAGACGUAGCUGCAGAUGCAGGCAUAACUAAGAGCACGGCUUAUCGUUUCUAA